UGAAUGACAGCUGUGGCCGCCAUAUUGCGAUUUGUGAAUUGGAUGAAUUUUAUUCGUUCACUGUUUGUCUUUGUCAGUUUAGAUAAAUCUGAUAAGUGAAAUUUUGUAAAGUUGAAGUAAAAUUCUAUAAUAUUCAUAUUGCUUUGACUAUUACUGUCGGUGUUCAAUAAACUACAUUUCUUCGUAUGAAAAUGAGGUGAUACCUGUUAAAAACAAUUUCUCGUGCAUACGUACUUCCUACAAUGAUUAAUCUUUCGGGGCAAGGCUCUUAGCUUUAUGUAAAUUAGCAUGGGUCGGUGUGGAGUGACGUAUCGUUGGUUGAAUGUUAUUAUCGCGCGUCAGUGUCAUCGUGCAUUCGCGUUGUGAGGACAUCGGGUGUGCUACAGUCGAAAGUAAAUAGUUUAGUGAUCAACGUCUGAUGGCAUUUUGUGCAUAGUUUGAGCCAUGGCACCGAGACCUCCGCCUCCUCCUGGCCCUCCGCCACCACCCGGGCCACCACCUCCCCCAGUUUUCGGCGGUUCGAAAGGUGGAGCCGGGUCUGCUAACGACAGAAACGCUUUAUUAAGUUCAAUUAGACAAGGGGCGAAAUUAAAAAAGACUGUAACAGUAGACAAGAGUGGACCUUAUAUUCCUGGAAAAGUGUCAAAUGCUCCUAGCAGUGGAUCACCAGUAGGGAAUGGGGUAAGGAGUGCUGCUCCAGUGCCAAAUGGGGGAACAGGGGCUAUGCCCGGUCUUGGAGGAUUAUUUGCUGGAGGCAUGCCUAAGUUGAGGCCUACAGGGAAAUUAGCUGGUACCGUAACACCAAACGGCCAAGUACGUUCUGAAGCACCGAAGAUGCCCUCCGCACAAAUACCGAAAUCACCUGAAAAGACACGAAGUUAUGCGCCUCAUAACGCCAACGUUGUUGCCGCUAUAUCAGAGGCCUUAGCUAAUAGGGAGCAGAAAGAACCCAAAGAACCGCCACCAACUCGACCCAUGGUCAGGAGACAGCCGAGUGAAGCCAAAACAAGGGGCCCGCCGCCCGAACCUCCGGUUCAGAAAUCUAUGCCUUUGAGUUCAUCAGACUCAGUGCUAACAACAGGCUCGUUAACAGAACGAAUAAGUAACCUGCAGCAGGUAUCUGAGCAGGGCAUGCCGCCCCACAUCGCCUCCACGCUGCAUCGAAACAAGAGCUCACUGCAUUCUGGAUCGCAGACAUCUUUGGGAGGUUCCAUGACAUCUCUUUCAUCAGCGCCCCCUACCCCUACUCCAGCUUCCUCUCUUUCAACGUCUGACCUAUCUGAGCGUCCGCGAGUCAAUCACGGGAAACCGAAUCUGGCCCCGAAACCUCCUGUGAUGGCUCACGCGCCAGAUAGGCCUUCGCCCCCGCUUAAGAAAUUGAUCGUCAAUGGCAAGUUGGCUGCUAGAGCGCAGAGCAUGAGGGUACCCAGGUCGCCCCCAGUAUCCCCACCCUCUCCGGGCACGCGUCCUCCUCCUCCAAUAAACCCCCCUGUCGCUACUAAGAAUCCUGCUUCACACUUUGGUACCCUCCGCGCCCCGCGCGGCCUGCGCCCGCCCGGCGUGUGCCCCCCUCCCCCGCCGGGCGCCCCGCCCCCGCCGCCCGCGCCGCCCACACGCGCGACCUCGCUGGCGCAGCCCCCGCCGCCGCCGCCGCCGCACCACCUCCGCCUGCAGCCCACAGACGAAGGCAGCGCGCCGCCGCCUCCAGCGCGAGGUUCGUCCAUGCGAGCUCCGGAUCUGGAAGCUCGCUUUGCGGAGCUCUUCAACCCAAUCCACAGCUUCCCGCUGCCCGACCCCUUCCUGCGCAUCGCCAAGGACUACAGCAGUAACACCGUCGCCGGUAAGUACGCGUAGGCGACCGUA